AUGCCUCCAGGUCGAUCGACGUCUAAAGCGACCAGGUCGAGUCGAAGUCAGCCUCCACCUCAAGCAGCUUCAAUACCCCCCUUUCAAGAUGUCGGUCCUCUUAUCGAUUUUAUCGACCAUCUACUUUCAAUCGCCCAUGACGACUCUGAUGAAUCAAACAAGUCUCUCGGGAAGGAGCGCUCAGAACAAGACGAGCGGCCUGCAAAGCGAUCCAAAUCAGACUGCCACGUCGACGACCCGUAUAUUCCUGUUUCUCGCCGAUCGCUAGCCGUAACUAAGUCGAGCUCGAGAAGAGGUUCUGUGGCCGAGGAGGCUACAUCACGCAACGCUAUCCGGUUCUUCGACUUUGUGUAUCGCGAGAAUGAUGGGCUCACUAUCACUGCCCGGGACAGACGUCGUGUUAACGCGAAAGUGACAUUGACACCCAAUGAGCUCGGACCCUUGGAUGCAAAGGAUGUGCUUAUGCUGAAGGCUGCCAACAAGAUCGGCCCAGACCCACCAGAACCAGGACGCUUUUGGACUUCUGUGUGCCUCGAAGUGCGUCUCACAGAGGGACAGGCUACUUUGGCCGUCAACCUGGAGCUUCGGUGGAACACAAACAUAUCUGUGGACGGAUCUCUCCAUUUAGAGCCGCAGCGGGAAUUGCGACAGCACAUGUUGGCUGCGUUCUUUCCAGGCAUCCCACUGGACCGCCCGCCGGACAGGCGUGGUGCCGAGCAGUUCGGGUCUCCGCAGGAUUUCUACGAGGCGGCUCAUGUUCCGUCAAAAUCCGAGUAUGGCGAGAUUGAGUCGAUGCGUGUGCCUGCGCUUACCGCCAACCUUUUCCCCUUUCAACGUAGGGCUGUCGGAUGGCUUCUGCACCGAGAGGGCGCCCAAUGGACAACGAACUGUGGCAACGGCAAUCCUGGUGUGAUCCCGUACCAGCCGCCGUCUGACCAACAAGCCUUCAUGCACUUCAUACGUACCGUGGAUGCUGACGGCGAGUCCUGCUUUGUAAGCAGCCUGUUCGGAGUGGUUACCAGAGAUCCUGCUGUGUUUGAGGCGAAUGAGAGGGCCAUCCGGGGCGGCAUCCUGUCCGAGGAAAUGGGGCUGGGAAAGACGGUCGAGACCAUAUCGCUCAUCCUUUUGCAUCGUCGGCCACCCGUGUCAACACUGUCGCCUGCUGUCAGCCCAUCCGCGACUCAAGUUCCCCGACCAAUAGGCGCCACUCUGAUUGUCACGCCACCAGCGCUGAGGAGUCAGUGGAUUUCCGAGCUUAAACAACACGCCCCUGGUUUCAAAGUGAUGGUGUAUGAAGGCAUGAGGAAGUCCUGUCCUGACGAAGCCAGCGAGGCUGCCAUGGUGGAAAAGUUUGCCGUUCACGACGUAGUUAUAACGACGUACGGUGACUUGCGGUCUGAGCUGCACUUUGCCGUCGAGCCUCCGCAGCGUAACUUGCGAGGAGAACGCAAACGACCACGACCACGCUCUCCACUCGUUCAGCUCAGCUGGUGGCGUGUUUGCCUCGACGAGGCGCAGGAGAUCGAGAGUGGCGUAAGCAACGCUGCUACCAUCGUGCGAGUGGUCCCUCGUGUCAAUGCCUGGGGAGUGACCGGCACGCCUGUGAAGGACGACAUUCAAGGCAAGUACUCGUGA